AUGUCAGAUAUUUAUAGUGAACUGUCAGCCAUUCCCCAGCUGUUACCCAGUCUUAACGACUCAUUUGGUGCCUUUUACAUUGGUCUUUUGCUCGCUGCUAUCCUUUAUGGCUUCACAAAUUUACAACUUGCAUUAUAUCUUCAAACUCAAUGGAAACAGGAUCCAGUAGUUUACAGAAUAAUGACCAACCUCAAGGUUGUAUUGCUUUGGUUGCUCGAUACAAUUCAUGUUGCUUGUAUCUCGCACAUGUUAUACUACCACCUCAUAACAAACUUCGCAAAUCCUCUUGCACUCUUGGUAAUAGUUUGGAGUUUCAAGGCGCAGAUUGUAAUAACCCCUCUGUUCACUGGGCAAGCACUGAGGGAUACUAGUCUAUAUGCCCAUCGUCUCUGGAUUUUGGGGAAGGGAUGGAACCGUAUCCUUUGUUUGAUACAAGACUGGGCAUAUUGGGAGCCCAUAGCUGUGCUUUCUGUGCUCGCCUCCAAUGACUUCCUCCUUGCGACAUCCAUGUGCUAUCUCCUGGCUUUAUCACGAACUGGAUUCUCAAACCUCUGCUCCCUGGCUGUGAUUAUUACAUGUGCAGUAAUGCCAAACAAUUUUAUCUAUAUGGCAAUCGACUUUUCACUCUCUAAACUCUACGUGAACUCAUUUAUUGCACUUCUCAAUUCUCGAAGUCAUGCAGAGCGUUUUGGAGAUGCCACCAUAUCGGCUCUAGGAGAUGUUCGGCAUCCAGUCAAGUACCAAGAUGAUGAAGAGCAUUAA